AUGUCGAACUUUGACCUAUUAGGCUUCGACAUGCCAGAAUUUGGCAUGCCUGGCUUUGAAGUAUCGGAAUUCAACAUGUCGGAUUUCCACAUUUCGAACUUCAACUGCGACAUGCCUGCCGAUGGAAUUGCGCCGGACGCAUUCAAAUGGCUCGACGAGAAUCCAGGGCCUGACGUCGUGUCUGCCGUUGCACUCGUCCCCCCUGUUGCCGAGAGUUCGCCUUUUCAAGCCGAUCUUGACAUGCUUGACGACGCCACCGUGCCUUACGAGCGUAAGAAGUGGAUCUUGGAUGUUAUUUUGAACGACAUCGUUCCCUACCGUUUCCACGACCACCUGCGACUCUUUCCUACUCUUGAGUUCUACUCAACCUUGCUGUAUAACCGGCUUGAUAGUAGCGCUAUAUGGGGUCUCGUGGCAAGGUUCCACGAGUGGAUUUCUAGUGUGGCAGCCUCCUCUGCCGAAGAUGCGGAUGAAGCCAUCGAGGCUUUGAAGCUUCGCGCAAGUUUCUGUGGCUGGCCGGGCGAGUUGAACGAUGGCUUCAAAGGUUCAAGUUCUACUCAGCUUUUCAAUGAAGGCUCGGCUUCGAAGCAGCAACAGAUGGCUACCUCGUCUCCUUUCUCUCCUCAGACGGUACAUGCGGUACCGGAUGUAGGCGAGUCCCAGCCGUCCCCCAUGAUGCAACAAAAGCAUCCCCUUUUGGAGGCGGAGCUAGUCAUUGCCCCUGUCUUCCAGUAUAGAGGCAUUAUUCGGAACAUAGAGCAUUCUAAAGAGCUGGAUAAUGCUUAUGAGAGGCACGUGACGCGAGUCGCGGGUGAGGCUCCUGACAACGACGCAUCUUGGCCGUUUUCGUCUGAGCAGCAACAGGCGUAUGUCCAGAGGCUCUUCGAAAGUAUUACAGACUUGGAUGACUUCUUCGAGUUGAGAAAGGCCCGAGAGCGCCUUGGCAGAGUGGCAAACUUGCAGCAGGACGUCCCGAUUGCUCAGGCCCUUGAGAACCCACGAAAGCGACGGAGAGGUGGCGAUGCCCAGGGCGGCGCUCUGGAUCCUGCAUCAAGACCCAAGGGCAUGAGCAAAACGGAUUGGGCUCUUUUGAACGAUCAGGGCACUCCUGUAGACAUGCUAGAGGCCGUAAUUCAUCACCGCAUCUCCGGCGUCGAAGUGGAAAUGCUUUGUUGGAGACUUUUGCGUUGUGCCAUGGAACAGCAACAAGGUUUCACAAUGCGCCCUAUGUGGUCAGGAUCGAGAACAGUGUCAACGUGGGAACACUUCAACACGUUUUCAGACAGAUGGCAGGCCAUCUGUGAAAAUCUUCAGGACUGCAAAAUGAUAGUCCACUCCCUUACUCGUGCAGACUGGUUCUGCAAGUAUGCUGGUGCGCCGUCAAAAGAACGAGGGGCAAAACUCAGUAACGAUCUUCUGAAUGGCCGCCGCGACAUUCAGAACCAGGUUGGUCGAGACAUCAUCAGAGAAAAGACGUCUACGCAAGAUUGGACAACCUCUGAUGAUUUCGAGAUUCGGAACAAAGCUGGAGAAUUGGUUCUGAAGGGGGGACAUCUUGGGGAUAAAAAGCGCCGACAGCUCGCAGUCAGAAAUAAGGAGUAG